AUGUCUACUGCUACCGAAAUUCAGUCCAUCAGCAGAACCCGACGAGCAAUCGGUUCGACCCCUACCAAGAAUGAAGGCAAUUUAAGAAGGGAAGAGUCACGUCGUGGACCACAGUCACCGGAAGACAAAUUUUUCUGGACCUACACCGAAGAACCACAUCGGACCCGGCGGCAAGCAAUCAUCAAAGCACACAAAGAAGUCUUGCAAUUGUGUGGCCCAGAACCACUCACCAAAUACCUGGUGCUCUUCGUCGUUAUCCUCCAAAUCACCUGUGCCAACCUGCUGAAAGACUCGCCUGUCUUCUCAUGGCCAUACCUCCUUACAGCCUACGUUAUUGGAGCUACUGCCAAUCAGAACCUCUUCCUUGCUAUUCACGAGAUCAGUCACAACCUUGCCUUUCGCACACCAAUAUAUAACAGAUUAUUCGCCAUAUUUGCAAAUCUUCCAAUCGGAUUGCCAUAUUCUGCUGGUUUUCGACAAUAUCAUUUGACUCAUCACAAGUCUUUGGGCGUCGAUGGGGUGGAUACGGAUCUGCCUACGGCCCUUGAAGCGAUCCUUUUGGACUCGGUCUUUGGAAAGGCCUUCUUUUGUACUUUCCAGAUUCUGUUUUACGCAUUGAGACCGAUGAUGGUCUACCAGAUACCUUUUGGUCCAAUCCACUACUGCAAUAUUGCCGCACAGAUUGUCUUCGAUGUCAUUAUUGUCCAAUGCUUGGGGCCCAAGGCCCUGGUCUACCUCCUGAUGAGCUCAUUCUUCGCUGGAUCUCUCCAUCCAUGCGCCGCUCACUUCAUUUCCGAGCACUACGUCUUUGCGAAAUCAACUCUUCAAAAUGGCCAAAUGCUAAAGGAUGUGCCAAUCCCCGAAACAUAUUCAUACUAUGGCCCCCUCAACGUCCUGACCUAUAACGUCGGCUAUCAUAACGAGCAUCAUGACUUCCCUGCCAUUCCUUGGACUAGACUGCCCAAAGUCUAUGAACUUGCUCGAGAAUUCUACGAGCCUUUACCUUGCCAUAAGAGCUGGCCCUUGGUGCUAUGGCAGUUCAUUACUGAUGAGGAAGUGGGCAUGUGGUUGAAAACCGACCUUCCGCCGACUGCGGUCAUCCUUCUUCCUCAUCCACACUCGGUGAGUACGAUUCUGAACACAACGUAUCGGGUUCUCAUCGAGGGCUGGGAGCGUCAAUUCACGACGGAAGGCAAUGUCUUUUUCAAAGAUGCCUCAGUGCACAAAAUGGACGGCGAACUCGGCCAUGUCUACACUGUAAUCUGCGGCUUGGAGAUGGAGACUGCCUAUAAUCUGGCACAGAAGGUUCUCGAGGACGAACAACGUCUCAUUGCCGCAUCUGACUGCUUAAUAACAUCGCUCAUGCGGCUCAUCAAUACAAAUUAA